UGAGGGACCGGCUGAUCCCUACCUGGGCCCGGUUCCCCGGGGUGUCACCUGAGCAAUGCCCCGCUAUUGUGCAGCGGUUGGCUGUAAGAACCGCCGGGGACGGAAUAAUAAAGACCGGAAACUGAGUUUUUACCCGUUUCCUCUGCAUGACAAAGAAAGACUUGAAAAAUGGCUAAGGAACAUGAAACGAGAUUCCUGGGUUCCUAGUAAAUACCAGUUCCUGUGUAGUGACCAUUUUACUCCCGACUCUCUUGAUAUCAGAUGGGGUAUUCGCUAUUUGAAACAAACUGCAGUUCCAACAAUCUUUUCCGUAUCUGGCGACAAUCAGGGAAGAGAUGCUUCCAAAAAAAGGUCUCAUAAGACAAAAUUAGAAGAUGAACAUGAAGUGUUCCAAAAAGCCAAGCCAGAAGAAGCAUUUGUAUCAAAUGAGCCAAAGAAAAAUACAGUUAACACAGAUGUGCUCCCUAAAUAUACAGAAUUAUUUGACGCAACUGGUUUGGUGUCGCCACCAGCUCCAAAAACAGAGAGGAUGCCAAAUAAUAUAUUAGCUCUCAACCUGGUUCAACAAGGUACCGGACAGCCAGAGUCCGCUUUGGGAACUGCACUUAACCAAGGUCUAGGUGUAGGUGGUUUUCACACUUCUUUUGAGAAUAUAAAUUCUACCACUAUUACUUUGACCACUUCUGACUCAGAAGAGAUUCAGCACUCUUUGGAAACCCAAGAAAUAUUUGAGAUAACUACCAAUCAUAUUGCUAAUCCAAAUUUUACAGAUAAUUCUGUGGGAAUUAAGUCAGCACAGGAACAUCCUGUUAUAUUCAGCACAAUUUCUCAAACAGUUGGAGACUUCAAUGCAAAUAAGGAAUCAGUUAUUGCGAUUUUUGUCCCCACGGGAAAUUCUAGGCCUCGAGUGAAUUCUUUUGUCCCUGCCCAACAAGAAGCUGUGGCCAUGGAGGACGUAGACACCGAAGACUCCGUAUUCAGGGAUGUUGACUAUGGAGCAGAAGUGUUGCAAACUGAACAUUCUUACUGCAGACAAGACAUAAAUAAGGAAUAUCUUUGGCAGAAAGUGUCUAAGCUACAUUCAAAGAUAACUCUUCUUGAACUAAAAGAGCAACAGACUCUGGGAAGAUUAAAGUCUUUGGAAGCUCUCAUAAGGCAGCUGCAGCAGGAAAACUGGCUCUCUGAAGAAAACGUCAAGAUUAUAGAGAACCAUUUCACAACGUACGAAGUUACUAUGUUAUAAGGCAUUUUAAAGCGAUAACUUUUCCAAGGUCUUUGGUGGUGGUGGUUGUUUGCAGCCAAACCAAAUUAUUUGUAAAGUGAACUUUUCUUGUAUGAAAUGCUCAUCUUACUGAAGCUCUGCAGGCCUCUAACGUUGUGGACUACUGGGCAUUCUGUUGUAAUACUCAUUUUUUAGAAAAAACUCAGAGAACUGUGGGCUAUGGAGAAAACUCUUUAUGUAAUCAUUUUUCAAGUUGAAGUUACUUAUAGUAAAUAAUUUAAUUAAGUUGUAAAAUGAGAGAAACUGUGAUGGUGGUCAGAAGAGCCACGAAUAGAAAUCAGGCCCAGGAAUCUCUCCUGAUUCUACCACUGGCGUGUAACUUAGACAAGUGACUUAUCAAGCUGGAGCCCAAUGAGAGCAUUUACUAUGUUUCUUCCCUUUCGCACUUUUGACAGGAUAGGUUUUCUGCAUCGGAGGGUCUAAGAGGAGCCCUGGUCAUACAGUCUGAGCACAAUGGCUGGUGGUUUAAAUCCUCCAGCCACUCAGUGGGAGGAAG